AUGGCUCUGAGCGGGGCGGCGGGGAGCCUGCGGCUGCUGCUCGGCUGGGGGCUCCUGCUCUGGGGCGCCACAGUUGGGGCCAGCAAGGUGGAGGUCUCCAUGCUGGAGACAGUGGAGGUGGAGUUGGGCCAGACGGCCAGGAUCCCAUGCAACUUCUCCAUCCCCGAGGAGAGCAACUACGCCUACAUCAACUGGUUCUAUAUCAACAAACGCAACCGGACGAAGAUCUACUACAUGGUCCGCGGCCAGGUCUUUGAGGCGGAGCCAGAGUACAAGGGCCGGGUGGCCAUGGAGGACGACUUUACCCUCACCAUCAGCAGGGUGACCCUGCGGGACGCCAGGACCUUCGUGUGCCAGGUCGGGGCGGGCAGCUUAGGGGUGGGCGAGAACCGGACCAAGCUCCACAUUUACAAAACCCCAGAGCCUCCUGAGAUUCAGGUGAACGACGCGGGCAUCCCAGUGACGAGUAAGGAGAUCCCAAAGAUCGCAGAGUGCGUCAGCAAGAACAGCUUUCCGGCCCCCAACAUCACAUGGUACAAGAACGGGAGCCCCCUGUGGCAGGACGACACACAAGUCAACAUCCUCUCCACCCUCACCAAGGAGUCCAGCGGGCUGUACACGGUGAGCAGCACCCUCUUCGCCCGCGUGAGCCGCGAGGACCGCCAGUCCCGCUUCCACUGCGAGGUCAGCUACCGCCUGCUGGGGGCCGACCAGACUGCCACGUCCGAGAAGGUCAACCUCACCGUGUUCUAUUCCACGGAGAACCUGACUCUGGUGAUACACUCUCCCCAGCCGCAGGUGCGGGAAGGGGACGAGGUGACGCUGCGCUGCGAGGGGGACGGGAACCCCCCGCCCGAGUACAGCCUGCUGAAAGUGCAGGAGGGUGCCCAGCCUGAGGAGAAAGACCUAACCGCCAGCAACGGGGUGCUGACCCUGCGGAAGGUCAAGAAGGAGGACAGCGGCCGGUACCUGUGCCGGACUAUCGACCUCGACUCCAUGAAGAACCUGGAAGACACAGUGGAGCUGUCUGUGAAUUACCUCGAAGGGCUCAAGAUAACCCCCGAGGGGCCCAUCCAGCUGCAGCAGGGAGACGUCUUAGCCCUGACCUGUGACGCCAGAGGCUCUAGGCCCUUGGAGUUCCGGUGGAAGAAGGAAAAGAAGGGGAAACUGCUGGGGCCAGGAAAGCAACUGAAACUGAGCAACGUCACCCUCGAAUCUUCAGGCAACUACAGCUGCGAGGUGGCUGUGACUGGGGUGCCAGGCCUCUCCCGCUCCAAGCAAGUGUACGUCGCUGUUCACGCAAAGCCGCAGAUCAGUUCCAAGGAUUCCCUGGUGCCCGUGCAACUGAACGAGCUGGUGACUCUGAUGUGCAAAGCUGCUGCCCUCCCUGAGCCCAAGAUCACGUGGAGCAUCAAUGGAAAGGUCCAAAACCACACAGACCAUCACCGCGUCAUCAGCAACUUGACCGUCCAGGUCACCCCAGACCUGCUGCAGUCAGGAGUCACCUGCACAGCCACUAACGAGCUUGGCAAUAGCAGUCAUCACAUUACGCUGAAGCUGAGAACGACGACGAUGCCUCCUCCUAUUGGCAACACUACCGCGGAACCCAUCAAGAAAGAGCAAAAGACCCAGGAGAGCAAGGGCGUGAUCAUCGUGGCGGUCAUCGUGUGCAUCCUAGUGAUCGCCGUGCUCGGCGCCGUGCUCUACUUCCUGCACAAGAAAGGCAAGAUCCCCUGCAACCGCACCGGGAAGCAGGACAUCACCAGGCCAGAUGCCCGUAAAGACGAGAUUGUAGUUGAAGUUAAGUCAGAUAAACUUCCCGAAGAGGCGGGGCUUCUGCAGGGUGCCAACGGCGAGAAGAGACCUGCAGGUGACCAGGCAGAGAAAUACAUCGAUCUGAGGAACUAG